AUGCCGCUAGUAAAUCAGAUUGAGCCGUACGUUCCCGGCACAAUUCCGUUCGCGCAGUUUCUGGAGCAACUAGAGUGGGUGUACGCGCACCACAAGGUGACGGAUCCGGUUGAGCAAAAAGUAUCGUUUUUGGCUUCAUGCAGUAGGGAAGUUUAUAGUGAUAUAAAACUUCUUUUCCCUGGCAAGGAUUUGAAGCUUUUGUCGUUUAAAGAAAUUACUGAUGCUCUGCGGAAGCGGUAUGACAAAACGGAAAGCGAUCUGAUCCAGCGUUUUAAGUUCUACAAACGCAACCAAGAACCGAAUGAAAAAGCUGUGGACUUCAUACUAGCUGUCAAGCUCCAGGCAGAAUUGUGUGAAUUCGGAGCGUUUAAGGAUAUGGCGAUCCGCGAUAAAUUGGUUUGCGGAAUUAGCGAUGAAGAUCUGCAGAAAAGAUUGUUUGACGAGGACAAUCUAACCUUAGCAAAAACGGAGACAAUAAUUACUAACGCCGAAUCAGCGGAAGAGAUAGUGAAGAUAAUCUCGAAAGAUUCCAGUUCGCGACGUACGAGCGUGUUGAACCGACUUGGAGAUCGGGACAGUCGUGUUAAUGUUCGAGAUCGCUCACGUGGACGGAGUCGUCAGCCUAGCAGAAGAAGAAGUAGGAGUCGCUCAGUAUCGUUUGACAGGAAAAAUCGUUCCACUUCAAGGCAUCGUAAUUUGUUUUGCAAUUUCUGUCGUAGGAGUGGCCAUACAAGGCGUUUUUGCUACGAUUUGAAAAACAAGAGGAAGACAGUUAAGUUUGUCGAUUCUCCAGCAGCUAAACCCAAGUUGACCGAUUACCAGAAGAGUUUGAGGCGUCGAUUGAAUCGUUCCGUCUCGGAUGAUGAAGAUAUGGACUGUAUGAUGAUUUCGUCAGUCAAUAAAAUCAACGAACCGUGUUUCCGUAACGUUUACGUUGACGGCUUGCGGUUAAGAAUGGAGGUCGAUUGUGGUGCUGCAGUUUCCGUCAUCAGUUUGGAGAUGUACGAGGGAGAAUUUGACCAUAUUCCUUUGGAAACUUGCGACAAGAAAUUGGCAGUGAUUAACGGUAGUCGUUUGAAGGUGGAAGGACAAAUUACAGUCCGUGUUGAGUUUAACGGACAGAGGAAAACUGUUGAGCUAGUUGUUUUGAGGAGCGGUAGUGACUUCACUCCUUUGCUUGGACGAGAUUGGUUGGAUUUGUUUAUUCCUGACUGGAGGAGAGCGUUUGGAAACAGCAUCAAUCAACUGGUAGUUUGCCCGGACCAGAUUGUUUCUGAGUUACAGAGUAAGUUUGCCAAUGUUUUUGAUAAAUCUCUAUCAACGCCAAUUAAAGGGUUUGAGGCAGAUCUUGUUUUGAAAGAUUAUAAACCGGUGUUUAAGCGUGCUUAUGACGUUCCAUACAGGUUGCGAGAUAAGGUUUUACAGCAUCUCGAAAGCUUAGAAAAAGAUGGCGUCAUAACACCAGUAGAUGCAAGUGAAUGGGCAUCUCCGGUAAUUCAAGUUGUUAAAAAAGAUGGUAGCAUUAGGAUGGUUAUUGAUUGUAAAGUUUCUAUUAAUAAAGUUUUGGUUCCUAAUGUUUAUCCGCUACCACUCACACAAGAUCUGUUCGCCUCUUUGGCUGGCGCGAAGGUUUUCUGUUCUCUAGAUCUGGCUGGUGCGUAUACACAAUUGUUAUUGUCAAACAGGUCAAAGAAAAUUAUGGUGAUAAAUACGAUCAAAGGUUUGUUUACGUAUAAUCGUUUGCCACAGGGUGCUUCUUCAAGUGCAGCUAUAUUUCAACGGAUCAUGGAUCAGGUUUUGAAAGGUAUCGAUGGAGUUUACUGUUACUUAGAUGAUGUUUUGAUAGCAGGCAAGGACAACUCAGACUGUGUACGAAAGCUUAAUUUGGUGUUAGAACGUCUUUCUAAUGCCAAUAUUAAAGUUAAUAUGCAAAAAUGCAAAUGGUUUGUCUCAAGUUUGCCAUUCUUGGGUCACAUUUUGUGCGACGGAGGUUUGUUGCCGUGCCCGGAAAAGGUCGAGACGAUUCGGAAAGCGAAAGUUCCGAACAAUGUUUCUGAGCUAAAGGCAUUUUUGGGUUUGGUAAAUUACUACGGGAAAUUCAUACCCAACUUGUCCUCACGCCUUAGCUGUCUGUAUCGUUUACUAAAGAAAGACGUUAAGUUUGUCUGGAGCUCGGAAUGUAGCCGAGUGUUUGAGGAAUGUAAGCAAGCAUUGUUGAGUUCAAAACUGUUGGAGUUUUAUGAUCCGAGUAAACCUGUUGUCGUUGUAACAGACGCAUGUAGCUACGGGUUAGGUGGAGUGAUUGCUCAUCAGAUCAAGAAUGAAGAGAGGCCUAUUAGUUUUGCUUCCUUCAGUUUAACAAAUGCACAAAAAUCCUACCCAAUUUUACAUUUAGAAGCGUUGGCAGUUGUUAGCACCAUAAAAAAGUUUCACAAGUUUCUCUUUGGCAAGAAGUUUACUGUGUAUACAGAUCAUAAACCGUUGAUUGGUAUUUUUGGAAAGGAAGGAAAAAAUACGUUGUUUGUGACGCGUCUGCAGAGAUAUGUAAUGGAACUGAGUAUCUACGAUUUUGACAUUGUUUACAGACCGUCAGCAAAAAUGGGCAAUGCUGAUUUUUGCUCAAGAUUCCCUCUUCCAGAAAACGUACCCGUUGCUUUGCAAAAUGAAUUUAUAAAAAGUUUAAUUGUAUCCAAUGAGUUUCCGCUAGAUCAUGCGUUGAUUGCAAGUGAAUCACGAAAAGACUCGUUUUUGCAGCAAAUUUUUAACUACAUGAAGCAUGGUUGGCCGCAGAAUUUAGAUCGCAGUUUAGCCAAUGUUUAUGCGCAACACCAAGACCUGGAAGAAGUUGAAGAUUGUUUAUUGUACCAAGAUCGUGUCGUUAUUCCUGCUAGUUUACAAAAGCAAGUACUGCGUUUAUUGCAUAAAAAUCACUCAGGAAUAACCAAAAUAAAGCAGAUGGCCAGAAGGACAGUUUACUGGCAUGGCAUGAGUGUUGACAUCGAAGAUUUCGUAAAAACUUGUAGAGUGUGCUGCCAGAUGAAUGCAAUUCCAAAGCAAGUUCCGCAUUCUAACUGGAUUCCUACCACAAAACCGUUUGCCCGCAUUCAUGCGGACUUCUUUUAUUUCGACAAGAAAGUUUUCCUGGUCAUUGUAGACAGUUUCUCCAAAUGGCUUGAAGUUGAGUACAUGAAGUUUAGUACUGAUGCCAGGAGUGUAAAGCCGAAGUUUAUCAGCGUUUUUGCUAGAUUUGGGUUACCGGACGUAGUUGUUACGGACGGAGGACCACCGUUUAGCUCUAAAGAACUGAUUGAUUUUUUUCAGACACAUGGUAUCAAGGUUAUGAAGAGCCCGCCGUAUAACCCGUCCAGCAAUGGACAAGCAGAGCGCAAGGUAAGAGUGGUAAAAGAAGGUUUGAAAAAGUUUCUGUUGGAUCCAGAGAUGGCAAGGCUAAGUAUGGAAGAUAUGGUGUCAUAUUUUUUGUUUGGUUACAGGAACACAUGUUUGGAGGAUAACAGUUCGUUUCCUUCUGAAAAGCUGUUUAGUUUUAAGCCCAAGACGCUGUUGGAUUUGAUCCAUCCUAGGAAUAGUUUUAGAAAUCAUCUGACGAAGAGAGAGUCUAUGGAUAAACCUGUAUAUAGUAACAAAGCCAAACAGCACCCAAAGUAUGACUGGAUUGAUAAGUUGCGCCCAGGAGAUCUAGUUUAUUAUAAAAAUUUUAGACCAACUGACAUUCGACGAUGGUUAGAAGCUAAAUUUCUAAAACGUGCUUCUUUAAACACAUUUCAGGUUUCCGUCGGAGGUCGGGUUUAUCUGGCGCACCGCAAUCAGCUGAAGCUGUUUGGCACCCGCAAGAAUCGUUACGGUUUGAUUUUUGCGAGGGAUGAGGAGAUUAGUAGUAACCGAAAACGAGCACGUGACGAUGACGAUGAAGGCGUUGACGACGAUGCUGACGAUUUUCUCGGUUUCGCAGCAGAUUCGUUUAUUUACCGAGGAACUGACGAUCAUCCCAAGGUUUGUGAUUCGAGAGGUGGAAGUGUAGCAACAAGUUUACCACCUGAGGAAGUAGAUCCCCAGGAAGGCCCAUCUACGCGGCAGUGGUCGCAAUCGAAGCCAUCGAAUCCAUCGUCGAGUUCCAGUGUACAGCCGAGGAAAAUACGUCGCUUCAAUACAUCGAAGCAAUCGAGUUUAGCGUCGAAAUCAAAGCGUCAUCCGUCGAGUUUACGACGUUCAACUAGAUCACAGUGUUUAAAGAAAAAUUCGGAUUUUAUUUACUACUAG